CCGUGGAUGAAUGUGACCCCACAGCUUGAGUUCUACGUGAACAACAAGAAAGCAAAACACAAGGACGAAAUGCAAGUAAGACGACUUCUGGAUGCUGGGAAUGAAAAACACAGCAAGAAUAAGUUGCGAGCUUUUGAAUACCAGCUGGAGGAUAAUGGCGGACUACUCGGUACAUCACUAGCUCUAGAAGUUAGGAUUACUAGGAACCAUUUGAAUUCAAACAACAAGGUAAGGUUUACAUGUCGUGCUACUGCUGCAAAUGGAAUCUAUCUGGAGGAAACAAGUGUUGAUGUUGGAGUCAGAGCACAAGACCUUCUCUUCUACUCUUCAAGCACUCUAAUAAGCCCAACUAUUAGCCUACUCAUCCUAAGUUUCAUUCAUAAUAUACUUCAGUGAAGAAGAAAAUCUAGAAUAUGAAAACUACUUUUAAACUCAAGUUCUCAAGUAUACACACAGACCUAUUUCAAUAAUUAAGUUGAUUUUCUAGCUAUAACAAGUAAAACACAAUUGUAACACCAUCAAAUACACAUCAAAUGUAUUAAACGUCGUUUUUUGGGUUCACUGUAUCUAUAACUAGCCUACUCAUCCUUAGUUUCAAUCAUACCAUGCUAUUUAAAUAUUUCCAUACUAAAAAAUUCCUUAUUUUUAUGUCAUUUUUCGCAGCCAAAAGUUUGAUAUUAUACAGGGUGACACCCAAUGGAUGAUAUUUAAAUGCCCUGUAAUUGUAACUUUAUUGAUAUUAGAGCUAAAAUCUAUGCCUUCUUAAAUGGACUACUGACAUUAUUUUAAAUAGUUUUCCAGCCAAAAAAGAGUGCGAUUUAUCUGAUCCGCAAUGAGGCAAUUAAAAGUACUUCUACCAGUUCCUCUAAUUCGAAAAGUUCUAUUAAUCAUAUUUGCCCAAAUGGAGAACACAAUAUAGAAAAAAAUGCUUUAUAAUAUUAUUAGUCAAAAACAUUUUUUAUUGUUAAAAAUUUGUUUAGGUGCCAAACUAGAAAAUCUGUAGUUUUCAUAUGGAGUUUAUAAUUCCUUAAAAAUAUUUUAAAAUAAAAAAACACACUAAUUGUGAACUUUUUUUAAAUUCCAAUAACCUUAAAUAAUUUAUGAAAGAGUCUGUAAACACAAUUGCAAGUGACCAACCAUUUUCAGAGGGACAUGUCCGAUUUACAACGGUACUCAAACAUAUUGAUAUCUACAAAACUGCCUGAUCCAUUACACCGGGUUUCCUAAACUGGGUUUUAUUACGAUAUCCUUAAAUUUCGGGCUCAGGCGCCAAAAAACUCUUUGCCUUGUAUAUUUUUGUCAUUUCAAGUAUGAAUUAGAUAUCAAUGUUUAUAACUUGGAAAACUGAUUAUUUGCGAUUGUGAUUACUCUACAAAAGUGGCUUGUGCAAUUCUUCUGCAGGAAAACAUAGAGGAUUAUCAGAAUUACACAGUUUUUAAUCUAGAAAAACGCGAAUAUCUUCCUCAUUAUUUACCAGAUUAAGAUUUUAAGGGUACCGUUGUGAAUCGACAUUGCCAUCUUUGCAUAGAGGGUCACUUGAAAUUACGCUUAUAGUCCCUUUAAAAAAUUACGAUCUAUAAAUUUGCUUGCCUAUUGUUAUUUUCCCACGAAACAUGACAGUUCAUCAACAACUAAAAUGUCGUCUUUCAUCUUUGAAAUGUUUUGCGGCAUUGGCUCGUCAACCUUCUUUUAAAAAUAUGAUUUUUAAAACAUUAAUAAUAACAUUCCCUUAUUCCUGGCAUUUCCAAAAUAUAAAGAACUAACUGAAUUGCCCGGCGUUGUUUAAUUUUAAAUUUUUUUGUAAAAAUAGAUUUUAAAUUUUGAAGAAAAAAAUCGAUUUGAGAAAAAAAUUAUUCGAAUUUUUAAAAUCCAUGUUACCCCCAGAAUAUUCAUGGGUUCCCUAAAAAAAUUAGCCAAUUUGGUUCUGACGUUUGGCCAGUUAUAGCUAACAAAAAGAAGAGCUAUUUAUAGAUUACUUUCUGUAAUCUCCAAGCUGUCAUGUUUCGUGGAACACCCAGUUUUUUAAAUGUAUGUGUUAAAAUACAAUGUUCGGCGUUUAUGUCAAUACAAUGAGGACGACUUUUAUACUCAAGGUUUGAUUGUUAACAAGCUUUUUUUUAAUUACAAGUUUACAAGUAAACAAGGAAAAUCUGGUAAUUCGUUUCCUUGUAUCUAUGCUAGCUGUUUAAAAGCUUUUUAGAAAUAAAAAUUGAAUUCGAAAGUCGUCGUCAUUGUAUUUAUAUAUACGACGACGAAUGUAAAUAUAUUUUUUUGCAGAAACAUAUCAGAAUAAUGUAAUAUUUUAAGUGUAUCGCCGUAUUUAUCUCUUAUAAUUGUUAAACUAUAUAUUAUUCUACAUGAUUAUCAUUGUAUCGAAAAUAAUAUAACUUG